AACCAAAACAAAAGCGCAUGUCAAAUACGUGUAGGCGGGUUUGAUCGCGCUUUUGUUUCGUGACCCGAGCGCGUGGCAUCGUCUGCUACGAUGGCCGUCCGUACUACUGCAGCGUCUGCGCCGGGAAAAACCAUAAUUCACGGGGAGCACGCCGUAGUCUACGGCAAGGCCGCGGUGGCAGCAAGCGUCAACCUGCGGACCCGUGUUACUUGCUGCGAGCAUGAGUCGCUCGUUGUCUUGGAAGCGCCGGAUCUCGACUUCGUCGAAGCCUGGCCCGUCAGCAAGUUUGAAGUUUUCUCUGUUCCCGAAGGAGGCUAUACGGCCACUGUCAUCGCAUUCGCCACCCUUGUGCCAGAUAUUUGCAGCGCCUUCGAAGUCGAUGCAAGGUCCUCCAAACCUGGAGACCAGGCGAAGCUUGCAUUCCUCUUUUUGUUUGCUGGCAUCACAUUAAGGCACAACGAUGGACGCUUUGGGCCGGCCAAGUUCACCGUCAAUUCAAGGCUGCCACUGGGAGCAGGCCUUGGAUCAUCGGCAUCCUACAGCACGGCCUUGGCGACGGUGCUUCUGGCGAAAUGCGGAGCUGUGCAACGCAUUCUGUCUAGCAAGGACCGCGAGCUCAUCUCCUUGUGGGCCUUCCAGGCGGAGUGCAUCCUACACGGUCUGCCGUCGGGCAUCGACAACACAAUCUGCACAUACGGAGGUGCCGUUCUUUUCAAAAGUGGCAAAAUAAGUGAAACUCUUGAGAGCAUUCCCAGCUACAAGGUGUUGUUAGUGAACACCCAAGUUCCCAGAAACACCAAGGCUCUAGUGGCAGGUGUCAAGAAGAGGCACGACCAGUUUCCAGAAGUUAUAAAACCAGUCUUGGAAUCCAUCGAAGCAAUUUCUGAAACCUUUUGGAAGCUCCUGAAGACUGCACCUGAGAUGGCAGAGAACAUUUUCUCCAGAGCCUUGGAACUGGUGGAGAUGAACCAGUCCCUGCUCAACUGCCUCGGAGUUGGCCACCCGCGACUGGACAGGGUCGCCGAGAUUGCUGCCCUACACGGUCUUGCUGCAAAGCUGACGGGGGCAGGCGGCGGUGGCUGUGCGCUGCUUCUCUGCAGUGUUGGCUGUCAAAAUGGACUGGGUGCAAGUGGUGAAGCUAAAUCACUAGCAGUGUGUAAGCAGCUCGAAGAGGAAGGCUUCCUGUUCUGGGAGGUGGACUUGGGUUGCCCUGGAGUCACGCUAGACUGACCUCUGCUCGUCAAUCAAAGGGAAUUAACUUGA